GGAGUACAAACUGAUACUUCUCUCCGCCGGCAUUUUGAUAGAAAGCGGCAUAAUCUCUCCGGUCGAUCUCCUGCUGUCCUGCAUUUCGGUUUCUAUUUGGCGGUGAAAUCACCGCCUAGGUUGUGGCUUUAGAAAGAUAUUUGAAUAUUCAAAAAUGUUGCAAUGGAUGGGCGGAUCUCGGCGGAAAGUGACUUCCACAAGAAUGUCAACGCAGAAAAGGCAAAAACACUACUUUGAGCAGAAAAGGCGGCAACAGCAAGCGACCGGAGGGAGGAAAGAUUCUGAGGAGCACAAUAUCCAUGGGCAGCAUGCUGAAAAUAGUAGAUCUCUGGAUAUUCUAAGUUUUCAGAACUUAUCAACUGUUGUGCAACAGAACAAGUCAAAUUACCCUUUAGGAAACGAUGAAACAGAGCACCAUGCUCUGAACUAUCAAGCACUCAAGUGUCCACAAUCAAUACAAUGUUUUCAAGCUAACAAAUUCACACCUUCCGGCCCCUCUGAAGCUGAGGAAGCAAGACUUUCAUCAAGCUAUCAACCAGGCAGUUCAUACGCAAAGACGAUGUUGGUUAGCACUUCUGGUAAAGAUGCAAGAACUUUCAACUCAGAUGAUGACAAGAUGAAUCAUAUAAAAAUGGUCCCAGGGUAUCAAGAACUAGGUAUGAUGGACAUACUUGGAGAUGAUGAACCAAAUCUCCAUACUGGUUCAAGUUUAGAACGUGAAGCUCAUGCUGCAUUUUCAAUUGAAGGUGUUGGUAGAGUGGAAAUGGAGACUCCAGUUCAUACGCCAGUUCGUGCACCAGAGGUGCAUGGCAGAAACUUCUUGCAUGGUUGCUCUCCACCAUCAAAAGCUAUGAGGCCUGCUGACUCGUUCAACCUUAACAGCGAGCUGGUUAACCUUGAAUUUGAAUUGGAUGCUAUGAUGCAGGAAGUUGAUGUGCCCUUAUGUAAAAGUUCUAUGGAGCACUCUUUCUGUUCAAAGGACAUAUUGGGUUCUUUCAGCAAGCCAAAGCAAGAUUUGUUGGACACCAGAGAAUUCUCAAUAUUUGAUGACAAUGAUAAUGGUUUUACUGAUCUUUUCCAGAAUGAUGAACCAUUCUUCCACAAAACAGAGAGAAAUAGGCACAGUUGGGAUGCAACCUGUAGGCCUGUAACUGGCAAAAUUCUUGACGAGAGUGCUUUUGGUUCAUCUUGCAACAUUUGGAUGGAUCAAGAAGAUGCUUCUGAUGAUUAUUAUACCAUGGACUGCAGGAGUGAAGAAUUUACUUUUCAAGGCUCUUAUCGACAGAAGAGCAGGACUACAAUGAGAAAAUCAAAGAGACUCGGACAUAGAGAUUCACCUGAGCUAUAUGUGAAGCGCCAGAACUCAGAGAACUUUCAUGAUUCCACAAUUCCGGAGAUGACAUGGAGAUCUCCAGUUCACAGAGACCAUGAUGUUGGUGAUAUUGAUUACCAACCCACAUGGUCAUGCUUCAAAACUGAAGAUACAAGAGACAAUUUGAGUUUGCUGAGUGAGGAGUCAUGCUCGUCGAGCGCAGUGGGGGGUGUAUCGAAGAAAGGCACAUUGAACUCAACUGAGAAACAGACACCGAAAAGUGCUGAUUUUGGUUGCUCAGAGAACAUCUGUGGUGAAAACAUUAUGUAUGGGAGAGUAAAAACCUGCAAUAAGUUGGAGAUUAACCAGCAAGGGGACAACACAAAUGAGCAAGGAAAGCUUACAAGGAUUUCAAAUUCAUCAAGAUCGCAACCAGCUGAUAACUCAAAAAUGACUUCUGAGAAGAGGUUGAAAUCAGAGAAUGGCCGAUUGUUUGAGGGAGCAUAUGAUCCUGGCAAGACAAUUUCACGUCAUAAUCCUUAUCCCAGGACAUAUGAUACAAAUCCAAGCUCCAGACUUUGGAUUGAAGAUCUCUUUGGCACAUCCGGAGGUACCAAUGUGCAUGCUGAUUGCUCACCUUGUUGCAACCUGACAUCAGAAGAACAUGAUUCCCACCAACGUAAGUUGGAAAAAGUUACGCCAGUGUCAAGUAUGCUAAAUUUUUCUGAGCACUGCAAUAGGGGGUAUAAACCUCAGAAGUCAAUGCAUGGUCACAGUUUUCCAGAAUCAGAACUGCAAAGCAUUACCAGGGAGGAAGAUGAACGUUCUGAUCUCCCUGUAUCUGAACAUGGAAAGCUGGAGCAUUGGAGAGAGCGUUCCCGCUGCAGAAAAAGCUUAUUCUCAGGAUGUGGGAAGUUUAUCCAUGUAGCUGAUGUGGAAGACAAGUCUAGUGAUUGCAAGGAAUCCACUACUGAGGCUUCAAAAUUAUCCUCAGGAUGUCGGAAGUGUACUUGUACGCCUGAUGAGGAAGACAAGUCUAAUAAUUGCAAGGAAUUCACUAAUGGGACUUCAAAAGCCGGAGAGAAUGUGAAAGAAACGGAUUGUCUCCAAGAUGAAGAUGCAUCACCAUCUGGGGCUACUUCAAGUAUUGAUGGCAAUUCGUCCCAUGUAGAUGCUAAAUGUCAGCUUACUGCUCAGAGCUCUUUUUUGCAUCAAACUGGAUCCGGAGCAAAUCUGGAAGAAGGAUUUGGGCAUGAAGAAAGGACAGGAAGUGAGGAGAAAAGUAGUAUUGAGUCAACAUGCCAGGUGAUGACGCUUGAUAGCUGUGUCCUGCAACUUCUUUGCAUUCAGGUACUGAAGGAAGCAUCUGCUAAGGUAACGGGGAAGAAGGCUUGAAGCUUUGAGCAUAUUGAAUUCCUUGGCUUGUCCUGCAUUGCCCCUACAACUUUUUCUUCUGCUAAAAGUUUGUCAAGGGAUAUUUACGAGCAAUUAGACCUCAGAUUAUUUGGCAUGACUUUGCUUUGUCCACAAUACUACUCUCUUGCUUGACUGGCAGUUCUUUGAUUAGUGUGAAGUGAAUGGAAAAGGAAUGGGCCGCAAGCAGAAUUUAUUUCUUUUUCCCUUUUUUUUUGGGGCCUCAUGAGA